ACAAAGCAACCCGCAUCCACACCCACCAAUUCCAAUGUCGUCAAACUCCUUAGAACAAUUGAAGGCCACCGGCACCGUCAUCGUCACCGACACCGGUGAAUUCGAAUCCAUCGCCAAGUACACCCCCCAAGACGCCACCACCAACCCCUCUUUGAUCUUGGCUGCCUCCAAGAAGGCUGAGUACGCCAAGUUGAUCGACGUCGCCAUCGACUACGCCAAGGACAAGGGCUCCUCCAAGAAGGAAAAGGCCGAGAUCGCCUUGGACCGUUUGUUGAUCGAGUUCGGUAAGGAAAUCUUGAACAUCGUCCCUGGCAGAGUCUCCACCGAAGUCGACGCCAGAUUGUCCUUCGACAAGGACGCCACCGUCAAGAAGGCCAUUGAGUUGAUCGAGUUGUACAAGUCCGUGGGCAUCUCCAAGGACAGAAUCUUGAUCAAGAUUGCCAGUACCUGGGAAGGUAUCCAGGCUGCUCGUGAAUUGGAGGCCAAGCACGGCAUCCACUGUAACUUGACCUUGUUGUUCUCUUUCGCCCAGGCAGUUGCCUGUGCCGAAGCCAAGGUCACCUUGAUCUCUCCAUUCGUGGGUAGAAUCUUGGACUGGUACAAGGCCUCCACCGGCAAGGAGUACGACGCUGAGUCCGACCCAGGUGUGGUCUCCGUCAGACAAAUCUUCAACUACUACAAGAAGUUCGACUACAACACCAUUGUCAUGGGUGCCUCCUUCAGAAACACCGGUGAAAUCAAGGCUUUGGCCGGUUGUGACUACUUGACCGUCGCACCAAAGUUGUUGGAAGAGUUGUUGAACUCCUCUGAAGACGUUCCAAAGGUGUUGGACGCUUCCGCUGCCAAGACCGAAUCCAUCGAAAAGGUCACUUUCGUCGACGACGAGCCAGCCUUCAGACUCUCCUUGAACGAAGAUGCCAUGGCCACCGAAAAGUUGUCCCAAGGUAUCAGAGCCUUCGGUAAGGAUGCUGAGACCUUGUUGGCCCAAUUGGAAUCCAGAUUCUAAGUCUGUAAUGUUAUAGAUGAUUUGUGAAAACAUGUGUACGUAAUGUGUUGUAGCAGAAUUGAUUUCGCUGAUGGUUCGUAUAUG